CGUCCGACACGAUCAGUUGUUAUUCAAACAUUAGUGGAUAGAUUGCCAUGAAAUUUUGUAUUGGGCCAACUAGAGUUUGUUUUAGAAAUCCUUUCCAACAUCAACAAGGUUGCAAGGCCACAACAGCGGUAUAAAAAGAUGCUCAAUACCUUUGUUCAAUGCUUAUCUUGAGCGGUCAGAGUCCAAGUGGAUGUGAUUCCAUUCAGUAAAUAAUGACGUUGGCGAUAACAUUUGCGGUUCUAUCGGCAUUAUUCGUUGUGACACUUGGGCUUCCAGUGAAGGAGAGCGGUUCAGCUUCUGAGCACACAGAAACAGAUAGUAAAAUAAUUCGUCAAAAGUUGGAAGAUCUGAUUGACCAACUAAGCCUACAGUUUAUUGAAUAUGGACCGGACGGCGAUGUUGGAUACAAAUAUCAUCUGGCGGUAGAAAAUAAGGAGUUUAUUAUUCGCACAACUGGUCCAGUAUUCAUACCGAUUGCUCAAUCAUUCAGGGGAACCAGGGAGGAAAAAGACAAGAAACUGUUGCAGUUGUUGAUUGAAUCCGCUAAAAUUAAAUCGAUGGAAAAUUUAAAGAACAAUACGUUAUAAAACAAAAUUGAUAGUGCAAAUGUGUUCUUGAAAAUCUUGAAAAUAAUGUAUAUUAUCUGUUAUCAAUUGUUAUCGUUGUAAGAGAGUAGAUAGCAAGAUGGUGAAUUCAAGUAAUUCGAAGUAUACUUAUCGUGUCCGGAGAAAGAUAACAGGUCUUAGAGAAUCCCAGGCCCUCUCAUAAAAGUCUUGGUCCUUAUUGUACAAAAAAAAACUUUUGUGACCGAUUUCCACAGACUUCUUUUGAUGCUUCUCAUCACAACAUUAGGGUGGAUUAAAACAAUAAAUUAAAUCCACUCAUUACUCAAAUUGUAAUAUUUAUGAGAAUGGUAUUCUUCAUUCAUUGAAUCUAGAAUAAAAAUAAAGUUUUUUUGGGCGUAAACUAGCAUAACCUAAAAAUU